AUGAAGUAUAUCAAUGUAGCAAUUUUCGUCUACUUCCGUCCAAUCGUGUCAAGUGUCACCGUUGACGAACCCAAGCAAAGGCAGUUUCGCAAGAGUCAACGGGUUUUUAAGGCGGUAGAGCAAGGGACAGAGCGAGGUGCAGCGAUGCGGCUGAUCAUCCUGGAGGACGCGUCGGUGGUGGCGGACUGGGCGGCGCGCUUCGUGCUGCAGCGCGUGUCGGAGUUCGCGCCCGGGCCCGGCCGCUACUUCGUGCUGGGGCUGCCCACGGGCGGCACGCCGCUGGGCAUGUACCGCCGCCUUAUCGACUUCUACAAGGAGGGCCGUCUCUCCUUCAAAUACGUCAAAACGUUCAACAUGGAUGAGUACGUCGGUCUGCCGCGCGAUCACCCCGAGUCGUACCACUACUACAUGUGGAACGAGUUCUUCAAGCACAUCGACAUCGAGCCGGCGAAUGCGCACGUGCUGGACGGCAACGCGCCCGACCUCGUGGCCGAGUGCCGGCGCUUCGAGCGCCUCAUCGAGGAGGCCGGCGGCAUACACCUCUUCGUAGGAGGCAUCGGGCCGGACGGGCACAUCGCGUUCAACGAGCCGGGCUCGUCGCUGGUGUCGCGCACGCGCGUCAAGACGCUGGCGUACGACACGCUGGAGGCUAACAAGCGCUUCUUCGGCAACGACAUCAGCAAAGUGCCGCGCCAGGCGCUGACCGUGGGCGUGGGCACGGUGAUGGACGCGCGCGAGGUCAUGAUCCUCAUCACGGGCGCGCACAAGGCGCUGGCGCUGGCCAAGGCGGUGGAGGAGGGCGUCAACCACAUGUGGACCGUGUCCGCCUUCCAGCAGCACGCGCAGGCGCUGUUCGUGUGCGACGAGGACGCCACGCUGGAGCUGCGCGUCAAGACCGUCAAGUACUUCAAGGCGCUCAGCGACGAACACCAGAAGAUGAUCUCGGGAGUGUCCGUGGCGGAGCAGCGCGUGCUGCAC